GCCACAUUUCAGUCGAGCUCCGAGAGACUGACAGCAACAACAAUAAAGACAUUUCCCCCGCGUUGGAUCCUUUUGUUAGUCUUCUAUCAUCUUAAAGGUUUUUAAUCGACAUUGUAAAAUGUUUAUCACAGACAUAAGGAAGGACUUUUAUGAGGUUAUUUCCAAUCAGAGAGUCGCGCUCCUGGUUGCAGCCGACAUCGAUGCUCUGUGCGCCUGUAAGAUCCUGCAGGCGCUGUUUCACUGUGACCAGAUCCAGUAUACACUUGUGCCGGUUACAGGCUGGCAGGACCUCGGCACGGCCUUUCUGGAACACAAAGAGCAGUUUCGAUACUUUGUUCUCAUCAACUGCGGAGCAAAUGUCGACCUCCUUGAGAUGCUGCAGCCAGAUGAUGACUCCAUCUUCUUCAUCUGUGACACUCACCGGCCUGUGGAUGUGGUCAACGUCUACAAUGACACGCAGAUAAAACUCCUAAUCAAACAAGACGAUGACCUGGGUGUGCCUUCCUAUGAUGACAUCUUCCGGGAUGAAGAAGAGGAAGAUGACUCUGGAAACGAGAGUGACGAAGGCUCAGAGCCGUCUGGGAAACGGAGGAGAUAUGAUGAAGGGGCGGUUGAGAGGAGGAUUGAACGCCAGCGAGCACGGAGGCAGUGGGAAGCACAGAGGAGGGAAAUCCUGUUCGACUAUGAGCAGUAUGAAUACCACGGCACUUCUGCUGCGAUGAUGUUUUUUGAGCUUGCUUGGAUUUUGACAAAAGACACCAAGGACAUGCUCUGGUGGUCCAUCAUUGGGCUGACAGACCAGUGGGUUCAUGAUAAAAUAACACAUAUGAAGUACGUUACAGAUAUCGCUACACUGCAGCGACAUGUCUCCAGGCACAACCACCGAAAUGAGGACGAGGAAAACUCUCUGUCCAUCGACUGUAUGCGGAUUUCCUUUGAAUACGACCUGCGCCUAACACUGUACCAGCACUGGUCUUUGUACGAGAGUCUGUGUAAUUCCUGCUACACCUCAUGCAGCUUCAAGCUCUGGACCUUAAAUGGCCAAAAGAAACUUCAGGAGUUCUUAGCGGACAUGGGUCUACCCCUCAAACAAGUGAGACAGAAGUAUAACUCCAUGGACAUGUCGAUCAAAGAGAACCUGAGGGAAGUCAUUGAAGAGUCUUCCAAUAAAUACGGUAUGAAGGACAUCCGCAUCCAGACGUUUGGGGUUCACUUUGGUUUUAAGAAUCGUUUCCUGGCCAGCGACAUGGUGCAUGCUGCAGCUGCCUUGCUGGAGAGCACUGAGAAAGAUGAGAGCGACAAUGACAACUUCAUCAAGGCUCUUGAUUCCCUCUCAAGGAGUAAACUUGAUCGUCUCCACGUGGGCAUCGAUUUGGCUAAGAAGAAGCUGAUGGCCGUCCAGCAGACGGUAGCCAGCUGCAUCUGCACCAACGUCAUCCUGUCGCAGGGGCCUUUCCUCUACUGCUACCUCAUGGAGGGAACACCUGAUGUGAAGCUCUUCUCAAAGCCAAUGGCCUUGACUCUUCUCUCCAAGUAUCUUCUGAAGGCUUUUAUCCACUCGACGAGAAAUAAACGCUGCAAACUGCUCCCUCUCAUCAUGGCUGCUCCCAAAGAUGUGGAGAAGGGAACGGUAAUUGUUUUGGGAAUCCCACCAGAGUCGGAGACAUCUGACAAAAAGAAUUUCUUUGGUCGAGCAUUUGAGAAAGCUGCAGAGAGCACCAGCUCCCGAACGCUUCAUGACCAAUUCGAUACUUCUAUCAUUGAACUAAAGGCGGAGGACAGAAGCAAGUUUCUGGAUGCUCUCAUCACUCUCCUGUCAUGAGGAUGUACAGAGCCAAGGAACUCGGGAGUUUUGAGGCCAAGUCCACAUUCUUCACCUCAACUUGAACUUUCUCACAUCUUGGCAUUGGAUGUCACGGUGUUGCAUCAGUACAAGAACUUCAACUCCAUUUUUAUAUAUAUAUGUAUUUUUUUAAGAUUUUACUCAGUUUUAUGUGUAUAUUGUACAGUUCUAUUGUAAAGAUUGGAAUUAUUGUUUGUGUUUUUAAAAUCCCUCUCUGUGUAUGUUCUAGUUCAAAUCAGAUUACAUUUCAAAUGCAUUUAAUAAAUAAUUUAAAAAAAACGUAACUGCUUUGAUUGUCCAUCGAGAACCAUCAUUCGUACUACGUGUAUGUGACGCCUUAUUCCACAAAUCCUGAACUGUUUCUGCAGGUCUUAGAGAUGAAGCCAAUAGAGAUGAUCUGAUUUCCUUUUUAAUUUCCUUCCUACUUUCAUUAUUUUAUAUGGAAAAUGUCAUGGGGCCAUGGAUAAACGUUGAGCUUUUACCUAAAGUCCCACCUUGUGUGAUUCUGUGAAGAUAUUAAAUUGAUUUAAACUACCAUUUAA